AUGGUGAACUUCCCAGGGUCCAGUCUGUGUGCUGUGGCCGCCUCCUUCUUCUUCGUCCUGCUGACCGUGAGGCAGUCAGAUGACUUUAGGGUGCUUGGCCCUGGUGGACCUAUCCUGGCCAGAGUCGGGAAAGAUGUCCUGCUAACCUGUCACAUCCUCCCCAAGAGGACGGCGAUGCACAUGGAAGUGCGGUGGUACCGCUCCGAGCCCGACACGCCUGUGUGUGUCCUCCGGGAGGGGGCAGAGGUGACCGAGGUGCAGAUGGAGGAGUACAGAGGCCGGGUAGAGUGGAUGGAGGACGGCGUUGCUGAGGGACACAUGACUCUGAAGAUACGCAACGUCCAGCCGUCUGACAGUGGGCAAUACUGGUGCCGUUUCCAGGAGGGAGACUUCUAUGCAGAAGCAAGCUUGCUGCUGGAGGUAGCAGGUCUGGGCUCUGCCCCCAACAUCCACUUGGAGGGAUCUGUGGAUGUCCAGCUUGUGUGCACAGCAAAGGGCUGGUUCCCAGAGCCCCAGGUUUAUUGGGAAGAUCUCUGGGGAGAGGAGUUGCUGACCAUGUUUGAGCAUCAUGUCCAGGAUGAAGAUGGCUUGUUCUACGUGGAAGAUACUCUUGUGGUCAGGAAUGCCUCUGCAGAGAGUGUGUCCUGCAUCAUCCACAACCCCAUCCUCACUGAGGAGAAGAGGUCAGUCAUCGACAUCCCAGAGAAACUCCAGACUGAGCUGGCUUUCUUAAAAGUGAUUGGGCCUUCUCAGCCCAUCCUUGUCAGAGUGGGAGAAGACACACAGUUGACCUGUUACCUGUCCCCCGAGGUUAAUGCAGAGAGCAUGGAGGUGAGGUGGGUCCGAUCUCACCGUUACCCUGCUGUGCAUGUGCAUGUGGAUGGGGACCCUGUGGCUGGAGAGCAGAUGGCGGAGUAUAGAGGAAGGACGGUGUUGGUGAGUGACGCCAUCCAGGAGGGCAGACUGACCCUGCAGAUACUCAGUGCCAGACCUUCAGAUGAUGGGCAGUACCGCUGCCUUUUUGAAAAAGAUGGUGUCUACCAAGAGGCUGGUGUGGAUCUAAAGGUGGUAGCUCUGGGCUCUUCCCCGCUGAUCACCAUGGAGAGGCUGAAGGAUGGAGACGCACAGCUGAUGUGCUCUUCCCACGGGUGGUUCCCACAGCCGCAUGUGCAGUGGAAGGACAGGGACGGGAAGCCAAUACCAGCGUUUUCUGAGACCGUGACUCAAGACAGCCAUGGGCUGUUCCACGUGGAGACAUUUCUGGUCACAAACAUCUCUGCUGUAAAGGUGACUUGUUCCCUCAGCAGCCCCCUUUUAGGGGAGGAGAAAGCAGCCACUUUUUCUCCCUCAGGUUGGUGA